AUGUCAUUGGUACAGAACUACUCAUCAUCAUCGGAUUCCGAUUCUGAACAUGAAAUAGAAUCCCGCUCUUAUUUACGAUCAGCAAAUCCUCAGAAUGAGAGUCCCACCAAUGACCGGACCAACGAGUGCUCGCUAACAAUUCAAAACUCCCGAAAACCACAAGAUACCGAGUCUGCCCUGUCACUUAAAAGACCGCCAACUGCCAAAAGAUUGCACGUAAGUAAGGCCGAAUUGCGGAAAAAAAGACGAAAAAGGAAGGGGAAAAGCCCAUGGGCCUCUUGGAGUUCUUCCGAGGAAGAUGGCGAGGCCACUGACAAUCCAGAAGUAGGUGGGUCCAACGGUGAAGACGAAGCGUUCAAUGGAGAAUAUACAGAGGAUCCUGAACCGGCCUCGUCUUCGGCACUUGAAAAAGUGAACGAGGAGAGCUCUACGUUCUAUGGAAGUUCCUUAGUAGACUACCAAGGACGCGGAAUCUUGCAUCCUCCUGCGGAGAUAGACAUCGACUUUCAGAAAGAGCCUUUAUCUUUCGAAUGCUAUACUCCCAAGCGUAUAAUUCACGAGUUUGAGGGCCAUACGGGUGGUGUUACGUCGUCGGUGUUUUUGCCCAAUUCGGGUCACUUGUUUUUGUCAGGCGGCAAUGACAAUGCAAUAAAGUUAUGGGAUGUUUAUCACAAUGCUGGUCUCCUCAGAGACUAUAUAGGACAUUCAAAAGCAGUGAGAGAGGUGCAGUUCUCUUCUACUGGCGAAACAUUUUCGAGUGUCUCAUUUGACCGCACCGUCAAGAUUUGGGACACCGAGACAGCAAAAGUUCUUCAUAGACUACCUUUUUCAAGCAUACCAAACUGCUCUGUUUUCCAUCCGUCAAACCCCAGCGAGAUCCUUGUUGGACUUUCAGAUUCAAAAAUCCAGCAUUUCGAUAUGCGGAUACCGACCAAACAGGGACUCGUUCAAGUAUAUGAUCAUCACAUGUCAUCCAUAUUAUCGCUUGCAUAUUUCCCCGAUGGAUCACGCUUUAUCUCGUCGUCGGGCGACAAAACCGUUAGGAUUUGGGAGAACCAGAUCAACAUACCUAUAAAGCAGAUCAGCGACACUUCUCAGUAUUCAAUGCCUUACAUUGCGGUGCACCCAGAGAGGCGGUAUUUCGCUGCUCAAAGUAUGGACAAUAAAAUCUACACAUAUUCCAUGAAACCGAAAUACAAAAGAAACCCCAAAAAGUGUUUCACGGGGCAUCAAAGCGCCGGCUAUGGCAUAGGAUUAGGGUUUUCUCCGGACGGACGAUAUAUAUCUUCAGGCGAUAGCAAAGGACAUUUACUCAUUUGGGAUUGGAAAACGACUCGCAUGCUUAAAGAAUUACAGACACCUUCAAAAAAACCAAUUGUAACAGUUUCCUGGCAUCCUCAGGAAACAAGCAAAGUGAUUUGCGCAGGAAAUGGCGGAAAGAUUUAUUUAUAUGAUUAA